ACCCAAAGUGUUGCCAGGCAUCCCUAAAAGAGGAGGUACAUUAAACUAGCAGAGGCAAGCACACACAGAGAGAGAAAAGUGAGCUCCAGUGCAGAGUGUGUGUCUCAGUGUUUGCCUUGUGCUCUUUCAGCUAGCAGAGUCCGGAUCCUUGCCAGAUUUGGAGCUCAUCUGAAAUACAUUAAACCCUGGAGAAGAACGAUCCUCUGUAAUCGGGCUACGUUGGCGCUUCACUGAGGGCUCCUAUUUGCUGUCAGAGGUACACCCAUACGUGUAGCAGCAGCUCUUCUAGGAGACUGACUGUGUUUGCUUCCUCAAGUCAAAAUAUUUUCCAGCUCCAGAGGGCAAGACUGGAAAGAGGGAGAGAGAAGGCAAGACGCUUGAAGAAGUCUUUCCAUUCCACAAGUUGGGACAAAAAGUUUUAGGUGCAGUGACUGUUUCUAAAGAGGACGAUCUGAACUCCAAGCCAAGUAUCAUCCCUGUCUUCUCUCUUAACGUUUGCAGAGGGAUUUCCAGGGACAAGUAAGCGGUGUUCACAGAAAUACAGGAAACACCUGAAGAGUUUAGAAGGUUCAGCAACAGGAAGUACAGCAGCAAACAACAGACACUAAUAUUUAUAAGGACAUCCCUAUCAUUGUCUUAGUACGUAAACAUGUCACGCUGGGGAAGAAAAAAUGUGAAGAAGACACCUGAGGUGAUCCGCACUGUGACAGAAGGGCUCAAGUCGCUGUAUCGUACCAAGCUGCUGCCUCUGGAGCAGUACUACGGUUUUCACGACUUCCACUCUCAAAGCCUGGAGGAUGCAGAUUUUGAUAAUAAGCCCAUGGUGCUGGUGGUGGGACAGUACUCCACUGGAAAGACAACAUUCAUAAAGUAUCUACUAGAGCAGGAUAUCCCUGGAAGCAGGGUUGGACCUGAGCCGACCACUGACUGCUUUACUGCCAUCAUGCAUGGUGAUGUGGAGGGAGUCAUUCCUGGGAAUGCCCUCAUUGUGGACCCUAACAAACCCUUCCGCAAACUCAACCCAUUUGGAAACACCUUUCUCAACAGGUUUCAGUGUGCCCAGAUGCCAAACCAGGUCCUUGAGAGUAUCAGCAUUAUUGACACACCGGGGAUCCUGUCAGGUGCUAAGCAGAGGGUGAGCCGAGGUGAGAAAGGUGGCAAAGAUGCCAAAGAUGGCAGAGGCUAUGACUUCCCAGCCGUCCUUCGCUGGUUUGCGGAGCGUGUUGACCGCAUCAUCCUGCUGUUUGACGCCCAUAAAUUGGAGAUAUCAGACGAGUUUUCUGAAGCCAUCGGGGCCCUGAAAGGCAACGAGGACAAGCUGCGCGUGGUGCUCAACAAGGCCGACAUGGUGGGCACCCAGCAGCUGAUGAGAGUCUACGGAGCACUCAUGUGGUCCCUGGGGAAGGUGUUUGGCACCCCAGAGGUUUUGCGUGUCUACAUUGGUUCUUUCUGGUCUGAACCACUGAUGGUCACAGACAACCGGAAGCUGUUUGAGCUGGAGGAGGAGGAUCUGUUCGCUGACAUCCAGAACCUUCCUCGAAAUGCAGCUUUACGGAAGCUCAAUGACCUGGUCAAGAGGGCGCGUCUGGUCAGGGUUCACGCUCACAUCAUCAGCUAUCUGAAGCAGGAGAUGCCCUCUGUCUUUAGGAAGGACAACAAAAAGAAGAAUCUGAUCUACCAGCUGCCUGUAAUUUUCUCAAAGAUCCAGCUGCAGCACAACAUUUCUCCUGGAGACUUCCCCGACUGUGCUAAAAUGCAGGAGCUACUGAUGGUUCACGAUUUCACCAAGUUCAAAACCCUGAAGCCUAAUCUGAUGGCAGCCUUGGAUGAGUUACUCUCCACUGACAUUGCCAAGCUGAUGCCCCUCCUGCGGCAGGAGGAGCUGGAAGCAGGGGAGCAACUAGGUGUGCAGGGCGGGGCCUUCCUCGGGACCCGCUGCGGACCGUUCAUUGAGGGCGACCCCUUCGCAGAGGAGAACGGAGAAGCAGGGGAAGAGGGGGAGGAGGAGGAUUGGAUCGUGAACAAAGACAAGCCCAAAUAUGAUGAGAUCUUCUAUAACCUCGCUCCAAAUGAGGGCAAACUGAGUGGCACCAAGGCUAGGGACUGGAUGGUGACCUCCCGACUGCCCAACUCAGUGCUUGGACGCAUCUGGAAGCUGUCAGAUGUGGACCAUGAUGGCAUGCUGGAUGAUGAAGAAUUCGCCCUUGCAAGCCAUUUGAUUGAGGUCAAGCUGGAAGGCCACGGUCUGCCGCCUGAGCUUCCAACACGUCUGAUCCCACCAUCCAAACGCAGGCAGAAGGGUUCUGAUGCAUAGACAUGUCACUGAGUUUGGGAGUGCAGAGAGACUCUUCGCUAUUUGCUUUUGCUACUGUUUUCUUUGCUUUUUUAAAUCCCCACACAUGGUAAAAAUACUGCAAGUAAAGCAUUCAACCUUUACUCAGACACUUCUAUCAGCCUUGCAGACUGAAACAUUAGGUAUUAAAGCACAAGUUGGGUCUUGGAAACUUCAGUAAAGGCUUACUGCUUCUCCCCUUUGGCUCCUCAAAGUUUUCCUUAAGUAAGAUUUAAGUGUAUAUCUACUUAUGUCUGCUGAGCACUAGUGAAUAAAGGCUGGCGCCCUCUAGGUGGGCAGUAUUCAGUGUAUAAUUGCUUAAAUAUAGAGCAAAACGUUUCUGUUUCAAAUCCUUUAAUUCAGCAUUCCCUGAAGAGUGAAGAUUUGAGUGACACAGUAUUGACAGGAUGAUAAUUUGUAAGGCUUUUCCAUUUUCAAGUUUGGUCAUUCCAGUAAAAAUAUCAUCUAUGUAUUUUAUCAACAAUUUUGCUUGAUGGUUUUUUCAAUGCUUUUUUUUUUUUUUUACUCAAACUGAUGGCACAAUUCUAACCUUUUGCAUUUCACCUUGUUGCUUUACAUGACAAAAUUUGUGCACACUUUAUAUAUAUUUUUGUAAUUGUUGCUGUUGUUUUGUAUGUGUAGGAGCGAGACCUCAGUUUCAUUUCUCAGCUUUUCAACAAGACUGAAUAAUUGAUGUAUUACUGACUACUGUAUGCAGCUCCACCAAAUAUUAACUGUUAUUGUAACCAAUAAAAUUCUCUGACUGUG